AUAAAAUAAAUUACAGUCUUACUUUGAGGUUCAUACAGUUCACUGAUCACAAAAUUAACAUAAUUAUAAUUAAAUUGUUGUACGCGUAUGAAAUUCAAUUCAUAAAAUAAAAAUAAAGUUUUCAUAGUUCUUAAUAAUUUAGAAAUUCAUCGAUAUUUUGAUGGCUUGGUUGAUUUGGUUUACGGGAUUAGCCGUUUUGUGUGCAGUUCAGCCAUAUAAAAUCUUAGUACCCGUUCUCUUACCCGGAAAAAGUCAUGGUAUCUUGGGUGAAGGAUUGGUCAGACACUUACUUAAUGGAGGUCAUGAGGUAACAUACAUCACUCCAUAUCCACCAAAGCCGCAGAAAAAUUUGACAGUCAUCGAUGUUAGCGAAAACAUAAAAGGCAUAACUGGUGUGUGCAAUGUCAAAAAAAUGAUGGACGGUGAAACAGAACUUCAAUCUCUGUACAUACUCAUGGAUAUAAUGGUCGAAAUAGACAGACUCACAUACAAAAGUGAUGUGAUGCAAAAGUUUCUUAGUGAUCAUACCCAGAAAUUCGACCUUAUUAUAGCAGAGUGGCUCUUCAUAGACUUAAACGCUGGAAUCUCGGCGGUAUACGAUUGUCCAUUAAUUUGGUUAUCGUCUUUAGAACCCCAUUGGAUGGCUUUGAGACUUAUUGACGAAAUGCCGAAUCCUGCCUAUGUCUCCCAUUUAUCAUCAAAUAAUGCUCCGCCUUUAAGCUUUUGGCAACGACUUGAGGAGCUAGGAAAUCAAAUCUACGGAUCUUGGUUGCAUUACUUUUAUAUGGCACCAAGAGAAAAUAAAUUAUACGAGCAAUACAUUGUUCCCCACGUAAAAAGCCGAAACAAGCCUGUACCGAGUCUAAAUGAAUUGCGUUACAACGCAUCCUUGAUGUUCGGAAAUUCCCAUGUCUCCCUCGGCGAGGCAACGAGACUGCCUCAGAACUAUAUACCUGUCGGUGGAUAUCAUAUUGAAACGGAUGUCAAGCCAUUACCAGAGGACUUAAAAAAACUUAUGGACAAUGCGGAACACGGUGUGAUCUAUUUUAGCUUGGGAUCCCAUUUAAGAAGUGAAGAACUUCCCGAGGCUGUAACGAGAGAACUUCUUCAAAUGUUUGGUGAAUUGAAGCAGACUGUAAUAUGGAAGUUUGAGACAGACUUACCAAAUAAGCCUAAAAACGUACACGUUGUACACUGGGCGCCGCAGCAAAGUAUUCUUGCUCAUCCAAAAACCCUCUUCUUUAUCUCUCACGGGGGUCUAUUAUCGACAACUGAGUCAGUUCAUUUUGGAGUCCCAAUAAUAACAAUCCCAGUUAUGGUCGAUCAGUUUGCGAAUGCUGAGAGAGUGGUUAGAAAGGGUAUUGCUAUUAAAGUGAACCUUUCUUAUACAAUGGUGAAGGAUAUUCGAAAUGCUAUAAAGACAAUGCUUGCUGAUCCUACAUACACAAAGACAGCAAAAUCACUAUCAUUCAUCUAUCACCAUAGACCUUUAUCGCCUGGUGAAGAAAUCCGCCAUUGGGUAGAUCAUGUGGUGAAGACUAAUGGCGCUAUGCAUUUGAGAUCUCCGGCACUUCACGUUACCUGGUACCAAAAGUUGUACAUCGACCUACUUGCUGUUAUCCUCGUACCUCUGAUGGUUUUGAUAUAUUUGGCUAAGAAAUAUACAGUAGUAGAUAAAAAUAAUAGUAAAACAAAUAAAAAGUAUACAAUGGAAUUGUGGACAGUGUGCUUAUUAGCAGCAAUCUUGACGAUCACCAACAUUGAAGCUUAUAAAAUUUUAGUCGUUAUAACGUUACCAGGGAAGAGCCAUGGAAUUCUAGGUGAUGGUCUUACACGACAUCUACUAAAAGCAGGCCAUGAGGUAACAUUUAUAACACCUUAUCCACCAAAGCCACAGAAUAAUCUAACGGUCAUUGAUGUUAGUGAUAACAGUAAAGUUCUUACUGGUGGAGUGUUGAAUAUUCAUAACAUGAUGAAGAAAGAUGUUGAUCUCCAAUCUACAUACAUGUUGAUGGAUAUUUGUAUCGACAUUGGUAAGGCUAACUUAAUGAAUCCUGCUGUCCAGAAAUUGCUGAGUGAUCCGAGUCAAAAAUUUGACCUCAUUAUAACUGAAUGGCUAUACCAGGAACUUUAUGCAGGUUUUGCCGCAGUCUUUGAUUGUCCUUACAUAUGGUUCUCGUCCUUCGAGCCUCAUUGGAUGGUUUUGAGACUGAUUGAUGAAAUGCCGAAUCCCGCUUACGUGUCAGAUAGCUCAUCGAAUAAUGCUCCACCCUUAUCAUUCAAAGAGAGAAUAGAAGAACUUAUUAACCAAUUACACGGACUUUGGUUAUUUUAUUUAUAUAUUGCACCAAGAGAAAACCAGUAUUAUGAGACCUAUUUGGUACCUCAUAUUCGUAACAAAAGUAAAGAAGUGCCGUCUCUCAAUGAGUUGAAACUAAAUGCAUCACUAAUGUUGGGCAAUUCUCAUGUCUCCCUCGGCAGUGCUACUAGGUUGCCACAGAAUUAUAUACCGAUUGGAGGAUAUCAUAUAGAAAAUGAUGUGAAGCCACUACCUCAAGAUCUACAAAUGGUAAUGGAUAGUGCAGGCCAUGGUGUGAUAUACUUUAGCAUGGGAUCAAAUUUAAGAAGUGAGGACUUUCCUGAAUCUGUGACAAAAGGUAUUCUGAAAGUGUUCGGUGGACUCAAACAGACUGUCAUAUGGAAGUUUGAGAAAGAUUUACCUAAUCGACCAAAGAAUGUUCAUAUCGUACACUGGGCGCCACAGCAAAGUAUUCUGGCGCAUCCCAAAAUGUUGUUCUUCAUUUCUCAUGGUGGUCUUCUAUCAACGACGGAAGCAGUCCACUUUGCAGUUCCUAUGAUCUGUAUACCUGCUAUGGUGGACCAAUUUGCCAAUGUGAAUAGAGCUGUAAGGAAGGGAUUCGCAAUUAAAGUAGACCUUUCGUUUACUAUGGAUAAAGAUUUGGAAAUUGCCAUUCAUACAAUGCUAAGUAACCCCAAAUAUACAGUAAAAGCCAAAGAACUGUCAUUUGUGUACCAUCAUAGACCUUUACUGCCUGGUGAUGAGAUCCUGCAUUGGGUGGAUCACGUAGUGAAGACGAAUGGUGCAAUACAUUUGAGAUCACCUGCUCUAGACAUGCCCUGGUAUAAGAAGUUAUACCUCGACUUACUUGCUGUUAUCCUGGUAUUUUUUUCAGCAAUCAUAUUUAUAACAAAAAAAGUUUUAUCUUUAAAUAAAAACAAGAAAACUAAAACAAAUUAAAUAAUGACAACUGCAAUACAUCAUUUGGAAUCUGUUUAGUCUGUUUAACUCUAAAGUUUUAAUUUAAAGUCAGAGCCUCUUAAACUUUCAAAAGCACACUCAGUGUUGAGAUCAGAAUCGCUGUCAGCCUUGCUACUGGAAGUUACAGAGCAAGGGUACAGAGAACAUCGGAAAAGCUAAUAUGUAGCAAAUUUAUGAAUACUUAAAUUUUUAAAUAAGUUAGUAAGAUGAAGUAUAAUUCAACUAAAAAUGGAAAUCAUACGGUGGUAAAAUCAUUUCCAGCAUAGGUUAUUUUUGUAUUGCUUUUAUAGCGUGGGCAACUACCUAGAUCAUAAGUUUGAAAUUAACGCGGGGAACAUCACUUCAAAUGUUAUUAAGUACUAAGUACUAUAAAUGAUUGGCCCAAGGCAUAGCUUAAAUGGGAAUAGUAUUAAAAAUCAUUGUAUUUUGUAUUUAAGAACGAAUAUCAACAAUGUAAUGUAAUAAAUAAAUAAAU